AUGCGGUUCGCACUCUUCGCCGGCCUGGCCUCCUUGGUCUCAUCCGUUACCGCAACAGCCCUGACCUACCGGCUUGAGGCGAACGAGAAGGCAUGCUUCUACACCAACGUUGAUCAGGCCAACGCCAAGGUGGCAUUCUACUUUGCGGUCCAAUCUGGCGGUUCCUUCGAUGUUGACUACGCCGUGACAGCACCGGGCGGCAAGAUAGUGCUGGACGGAACGAAGGAGCGACAGGGUGACCACGUCUUCACUGCUCAGAGCAACGGCGAAUACUCGUUCUGCUUCAACAACGAGAUGUCCACAUUCGCCGAGAAGAUGGUUGAUUUCGAGAUUGCUGUUGAGAACGAGUCCCGCGCUCAGCUUCCUUCCCGCCAGGGUGCCAGCCCCGAACAAACCACCAGCCUCGAGGAGUCGAUCUACAAGCUGUCGGCACAGCUGUCAACCAUCUCCCGGAACCAAAAGUACUUCCGCACUCGUGAGAACCGUAAUUUCAGCACCGUCCGCAGCACUGAGCGCCGGAUUUUCAAUUUCAGCGUGAUCGAGGGUUUGAUGAUGGUGUCAAUGGCCGCGUUGCAGGUCUUUGUGGUGCGCUUCUUCUUUCAGGGCGCUCGGAAGGGUUAUGUGUGA